AUCGAAAAGUUACAGACAUUUUCCUAGAAGUCAUAAAAUCGACUAUUUCAUACAGCGUUUAACAUAGCAUUUUCGCUAUAUAAGAGUUACACCUGACGUGCGCCCCAAGAUUUUUAAUAGCGGUUUGUCGUAGAGAGUUCGUUCUUUUUUUGUUUAAAAGAGGAAAAAAAAAUACAUCGACUGACCGGCGUCGAUUUUUGAAUUAGGUGUUAGUUUUUUGUCAAACUGAGAAUUUUUAGAAAAUCCGGAAGGCUUUUUCGGGUUUCGCAGGUUGUUGGUUGCCUGGAAAACCAAUAAAGGCUUAAUUGAAAAAUCGGCGCCGGUCAGUCGAUGUAGUUAGGUGUCUAGUUUAAAAUAAAACAAACCCGAACUCUCCAGCUUGAAGUAUAUUAAAACAUCUUGGGACGCCCUUCAGGAUCCUUUUUGGACCUUGAUCUCUGGAAAACUCCUAAACCGUAAAACUUGGAGACAAAAAAUGUUUUUUCAUUCCAGUAACUCAUUGUGCCGAACAUUUAUGGAAAGUUUCGUCAAGAUCGGAUGCACGGUGUAGGAGAUAAUUUCUGAGGGGGGGUGGCCCUUAAGAGAAAUCCCUACAGCGAAAAAUAUCUUUAUUUUGCAUCCCAUUUAGAUAAAAAUUUUAGGAAACAUGAAUGAUAUUAAAUGAUGCUUGCAGAAUAACUACCAGCCAAAAGUUAAGAAUCGUAAAAACUGUCCAUUAGGCUUUCAGAAAACUUGAAUCCAUUUUAAAAAUUUACUGCAACAUUCGACGCAGUUUUUUUCCUCUCUCGAACCAAACCACAACAUUUUAUUUCAAAGAGAGUACUUAUUUUCACCAUAUGGUAAUGCAUUUUGUCAAAAAACUUGAUUCGGUUGUACAAAACUGUAGGAUGUUCUCUAAAACCAUGUGUUCAUAGUAUUUUUGAAAAACUCUCUAGAAAACACCUAAGAAUCUUUCGGACGGAAAUUAAAACUCUACAUUCCGAAAGUAGACAUGCGUAGCAAGUUAAAUAUAUCUUUAUUUCAACUAGCAAAUGUUAGGACGACUUCGUUAUAGGAGUGAGUGUGUGUUUUGUGUGGAGCAAAGAGUUAUUAAAUUUGUUGAAGUAAAAACGAACGUUGAGUACAAUGUGCUAAAACUUGAAAAAGUAUGCUACAAAUCGAUGUUUCGUAUCAUAGGACGACAUAUUCACGAUGUGUCUCAACAAAUGAUAAAGACAUCAAAGAUGAAAUCGUUACGCAAUGUGAGUAAAGAUGAAUGACGAAUAUUUAGAAAAUUGAAAUGUAACAAAAACAUGGUAACCUGCCGUGCUGAUAAAAGAAAUGCAGUAGUCGUGCACUGUGAAAAAACAAGUGCUCCUCGGGCGAUAAAUGGGCGCUUAAAAUAGCCAACAAUAGAGCACUUUUCUUGAUGGGAUGCAUUUUUAUGCUUGAAAGUGCCUGGCGGAGGGCACUCAAAGUGCCCAAGUCAUCGUCCAUCAAAGUGGCUUUUUUAUCUGGAGGGGCACUUGUUUUUUGAGAAUGUGAUGCUUAAUAAAAUUGAUUAUGUUGAUAAAAUGAAUCAAGUUUUGAAUUGUUAACAGUUCAAACGAACGCUUAAAAGCUUGUUAAACGAGAAAGAAACCGAAUGAUUCAGUUUAUCCUUGAGCUUGAGAGUCGAAGAAUUAUUUUGAAGAUAUAUUCGACAUCUUCUCCUGUCUCCCCGAUGUCCGAUCAAUCUGUACUGCGCAAUUUAGGAGUACCUCUGCGCGGGAUAAUUUCUUCAAGAGGUUCAUAUAAUUAUCAAUGGACGUGAAUUUAAAAGAUUACCAUUCUUUCGAUCCUGGUUGACAAUUUUUUUAAGAAAAAAGAUCUCGGUUACAAAAACUAAUUAGAAUUAUAGAGGCAGGAAUAAUAAAGUAAAAUAAUUUGUAUAAGACUGCAACAAAAUACAUAUUAAGAAUUUUAAGCAAAUUUAAUAAUUUUUAUUUGUCGAUGUCGAGCUUUCGGUACUGACUCGUACCAUUAUCAAGAAACAAAUGACUACAAAACAAUUUACAUUCUCUGUAUAUCCCAAAAUGUGACUUUUUGCUGUUUUGACAGAUAGGAAGAACAGAAAAAGAUAGAAAUUAGCUUGUUAUUCGAAUAACAAGCGAAUCACAUUUUGGAAUAGUCGGGAAAUGUAAAUUAUUUUGUUGUUAUUUGUUUCUUGAUAAUGGUACAAGUCAGUACCAAAAGCUCGAAAUCGAUACAGCGACAUUACCGCGAACGACAUUACCGCGAACGACAUUACCGCGAACGACGUUACCGCGAACGACAUUACCGCGAACGACAUUACCGCGAAUACAAAAAAUGACAUUACCGCGAACACAAAAAACGACAUUACCGCGAAUACAGAAAACGACAUUACCGCGAAUACAGAGAACGACAUUACCGCGAAGACUUGUUUGUUGGAAAAGCCGAAUAAAUGAGGCCAGUUUUGUAUUUUGUACAUCAUGUUUUCAAACUUAA